AAUUGACAUAAAUGACACUAAUGACAGUUCAAUAUUCAUUUCAAGAUGUCUAAUAAAAGUUCUAUUGAUGCAAGACAAGAAUUAGCAGAAUUAGUAAAAAGGAAAGCUGAAAUAGGGGAAACUCUUGCUAAUUUAGAAAAACAGAUAUAUGCUUUCGAAGGUUCGUAUUUAGAAGAUACUCAAUUAUAUGGAAAUAUAAUACGCGGUUGGGAUAGAUAUCUUUCAAGCAAUAAAACGACAAAUUCCAAAGCUGAUAAACGUAAUAGGAAGUUUAAGGAAGCGGAACGUUUAUUUUCAAAAUCGUCUAUAACUUCAAUGGCUGCCGUUAGUGGAAUCGUGGAUCAAAAUUCCGAUAAAAUGGACAGACAAAGCGAAACAGAUUCUCUAACAAAUGAAGAUUCCAGUGAUACCAACAUGGCGAUGAUUACCAAUCACGUAGAUUCGGGGAUAAAAACCGCUGGUAAACAAUCUACUUUCUCUUCAAAUGGCGCCCAGAAUGGUUUAGACAGAGGUAGUCCCUUACCUGACGUCGUGGCAAAGCAAAAAAAUUUCAUAGCUAAUGCCAAGAAAAAUAAUAAUAAGAAAGCUCGACAUAGAUAACAUAAUGGAAAACCGAACGUCGGAAUGGAAUGAAAAAUAAAGAAAAAUACGUUGUAGUUUUUAUUUAAACACAUUCCAAAUAUAGAUUGAUAUUUAUUUAUUAUUUCGCUUAUAGUUUAUAAUAAAUUAUUGCAACAAAAAUACAAACCUGGAUGAGAAUCCUUAGCAAAACCCAUAACUAACUUAACCAUAUGUCUAAAUUAAUUUCUGAAUUAUUAAAAACUUUGAAUGAAAAGUGUGUUCAUUCAAA